AUGCGUACACAGCAAUUGCUCGCGCUCAGUGGCCUUGUGCUCGCCAGCAACAUCGCGAUUGCGGCCAAGCUGGAGCACGACGAUGUUCCUAACCGUUGCUGGGCUGCCUGUGGCUCUAUUGUGGGUAUCUCCGAGAGCUGUGAUGCGCAGCAUGACAAUGAUCAGGCUGAGUUGCAGUGCAUUUGCAAUUGGAGUCCAGCGAAAACGCAGAUCCCACUCUGUGCGGCUUGCAUCACCCUAUACGAUGACGAUGACGACGAUGAUGAUGACGAUGAUGACAACGAUGCUCUUGAUAUCGUCCAGUCUUGCUCCUUCAGUACGACGACGUAUAACGCUGCUGCUGCCACUACAUUGAGCGCUUUCACUUCUGCUACCGAUACCGGGGUCGUCAAAUCGGCUGUUACCACUACAGCCAGUGCAGUCUCUGUUAGUAGCUCCCAGAGCUCCUAUGCAACCACUUCUGCUGGCUCUACCUCUUCUGAGGGCUCAGCUUCUUCCUUGACUCCCACAACUGAUGCAGCUGCUGGUAUAACCGGUCCUGGACCUGUUUACAUGGCCGCUCUUCUGGGCAUGUUGCCUCUCGCUUGGCUCUAA